AUGAGGGAUGGGAAUUCGGCAGAAGUACCUACCUGGGGCCCCUUCCCGCCCCAAUUCUGGAUACAACCUAGGAAUGUUGAGAACAAAGAAGGGCCAGGUUGCGAAACAAGGUCGAGAACGGAGGGGUUUAGCCUUGUUUUCCAAUUGUUUUCCAAAGUGGAUACUUGCACGGAGAUCACCGAGAGAGGUAACAAAGAGAAAAUAUGA